UAGUCAAGCUCUGCCGGGCUGCAGUCGAUCCAAACUUCUGAAAACCGCAAUAUAGCAGAUUCACUACCGGCGCGAGUCGCUGGACCUCUCAACAUAAGAUGGAAUGAGCCGCUACUAGGAAAUAUAGCUCAGUAUGCCUAGGGACUUGUCGGUGAGGUCCGCUCUGGACCUCAUCGCCUCGAGCAAAAUCACAGAGAGGCAGGAAGGGCUGGAACUUCUCACAGAGAUCUGUUCCAACGCCAACAACUGCAGAUCUCUACAAAAUACGCCGGACGGAACUGGCUGGUUACAGGUAUUUCAAUGCAUGUUCGUGCUGGUCAAAACCGAACGUGCAGCUGCUCUCAAGGGCAGUAAAACUUCGAAAGCCGCCAUAUCCCGACUACAGGUAGCUGCAGGCAAAGUUCGCUGGCUGGUAGAAGUAUCUUAUCCCUAUCUUACGAACAAGCCGCUGGUUGCGCUUUAUACUCAUCUCAAUCAGUCCAUCGUUCACGACGGUGGACUAGUGGAGUACAUAUCGACCGAUUACAUAAAGGCUCUCAAGGUGCUGCUCAGCUUCCCCGCUCAUCUGGAACAUCUGGAUGAAACGACAUGGCGAUAUCUCAUGAGCAUCGUUUGGGAUGUCGUCCUCGAUGGAAGGGUUGAGCACGACCGGGAUGACUGGGAUGCCGAAGCGCAGGAAACAUACGAGACCGCUGGCAUUCCGACUGAAGACGAGUCUGAGGAUGAGGGAGGAACUAUGAAGCCUCGACCUGGAUCAUCAGCAGUCAAGCGGACCAGGACUUCGAAAUCGACAGGAAGCAGUGACCUGGGAACUCUACCCAGAAGGAAAUACAAGACUCUCUCGGCCGAUGCUACGGAUCUGCUCUCCCUAUUUCCUGUACUGCUCAGUUCAUCUUCAGCGCCGAUUUUACCACGAGCACAACUGCGAGACCCGGAUGAUACGCGGUUGCCUCAUCGUGCAGGGAUCCCGCUGCUACGUCGGGUAUUUGCGUUCUUCGAACGAUACCCAUCCGAAACCAACUCGCACAAACCCGUCUUGCAAGGGCUCAAUAUCCUCUUAAGGGAGCUUGAGCUCAACGCUAUCGACGAGAUGACGCGGAUGGGUGCGAGGAUGUUCCCUCUUCUGGUCAAACUCUGGUCGACCCGGGACUUGACGCUGAGGGAUCACGUACUCGUGGCUUUACGAAAGUUCGCCCCAUUCCUCUCGCGAGAAAAGCAAAGGUCGGCGGUAGCUGCACAGCUCACACAGGCGCGCAGUCUCUCCCAGAGUGCGGCCGACACAGACGGCGACAGCGGGAUACUGGGCGAGAGGAUGACUGCUCCGCUUGCGGAAGCGAUGCACGAGCUUCAAACCCUGAUCUUCAAGGAUGCUGGAACCAAGAGAGGAACGCUACCGCUCGAUCUCGCCGCGUUGCAUCUGCGUCUUCCGGAGUCUGACACCGGUUCGAAGCCCCGAUUCAGCUUGGAAGACCCCACAUUUCCUCUACAGUCGUCGAUUAUCAGGGCGGGGCCGUCUUUUACCGCUCGGUUGACAGCCUCUUGGGCAACUUUGGAGCUCAACGCAGACUGCUGCUUUAAGCUUCAUCAAGUUCCGGAUACUGUCGAAAAUUCUCGGCUGGUCGGAAGUGCACCUGCCACAAAGCGAAUAAAGAAGAACGAUAGGACGAAUCCGAUCUUGGCGCUCGCCCCGUUUGUACAGACAUCGCGACAGCCGGAAUCGCGCAUGUUGGCAUUGCAAACGUUAUAUUUUGUCAUUGAGCGGCACUGGAGCGACCUAUUCCUGGACGUUCAAGCGGAAAUCUUGAGCCAGCUGCUUUCGCUAACCAAGGAUUCAGACUUGAACAUCCAGCAAUGGACGUUUGUCUGCCUUGCUUCCGUCUCUACGAAACGACGGUUAGAGGCCUCUCGGGAAUUCGGGGACCGCAAUACGGCAAUCAAUGGGACGGUUGCCAUAUUGAAUCGCACGGGCGACGAGGAAAGCAUUUGGCAGGAGGUAUGGACCAUCGCCUUGCGCCGCACGAACUUGGCAUCCGGAACAGCUUGUCGGGGCGCUUGCCUGAUGGUACAUGCUCUUAUGCUUUCUGGGACUGUUACGGAUGCCAGCAUAUCGACCGCUCUGUCGGGAUUUUUCGAAGAGAUUAUCUCUCAAGGCCCAGCCUAUACGUCGGACGCGGUGUGCGCUUUUGUCAAAGUCGCGCUCGACUACGCCGAAAGAGAUACCAAAUUAUAUCGCCUUGAUCACCAUCAGAAGGUGAUUGCGUGGUUCAGGUACAAUUGGCGGAUAGCCCAGGAUAUACGUACAGGUACCAAUGCCGUGUCGACCAGUCUCACACCGGAGGCCGUCGAGCUACUUGCCAAGGUCGCGGGAUCCUCAGACACGCCUACCAUGUGGAUAGAGACCCCUUUGAUUGCAUCCGACGUCCUUCAACACAUGACUGAAGAAUUGGAGACCAGUCCAAUUCGGCAAUACUUGUUGUAUGCUGCCUUGCCGAUUGAACAGGCUAGCCGCUCGACGAAACAUAGGUUUCCGCUCGGCGUCAAGCUGGACACGCUCGAAGGAACCGCAACGCAAUCGAACCUAAAGAAGACUCGACAGAUUCUGGAGCUGCUGCACGACACUGUCAAGGACGUCUCGACAACGAUUGAUUUAGCCUCGGCUUUGAAGAUGAAGAAUCUGAUAGAUCUUUCUAUCUUCGCCAUCGUCGUAUCGGCCGUCAUCACGUCUUCACAGGAAGACCCCGAACAUAUCGCGGCUGAGACAGCGUGCGAUCUGCUCGAACGGGUGUUAGCUCACACUUUCAAAGAGAGCAAUCAUGGAGCUCACGAACGUGCGAUGAUCCUGUCCAGUCUCACGCCCAUCCUCAGUUCAUCUGGACCGCGGCGCGUGCGGGACAGCCGGUCCGAGAUGUGGCCGACAUUGACAUUACCUGAUGGCAGAGCCGGAGUCACAACACUCCCAUCUUCUGAACAGCCUGAAGCCCUCGAUCAUUCCGAUCAUCCGCUUACAGACCGUCUUCUGGUAACGGUAUGGCGAAUCGCCAGGCUCUCGGAAGUCUUUCAAGCACAUGCAGGUCUGUUCCGGCAGUACCUGGCUUCCGGUCAGGGAUCGCAAGGUCUACGAUCUCUGGUCGGAGAUACGACCCGCCAAGGUGACGAUGACUUUGGUCCGAUACGUCAAGAAGAAGACGGUGGCGUUGCAAACGAUGGCGAUGUCGGAGAAAACCUUCCUUUCACGCGCGGGUAUUCUAUCGUCGUGCGUGCUCUCACCGAUCCGGCGUAUUACGCUUCUGGCAUGCAAAUUGGAACCAGAGACGUGGAACUCUACAACAUCCUGAUCGAAUCCGAAGAAUACAAUACCUACAUACUGGGUCAAGCCAUCUUUGAGGCAAUCGGCGAGCAACGCCUUGUAUUGACACGCAAAGCUCUGUCGUCCCUGGUGGAGCUAGUGACAGACGUGCUGAAGAUUUAUGUCUAUAAGCGACUCCCAGCUACCCGACAACUCGUCUACCAAUUUCUAUCAGCUACCCUCUACACCUGGAUCGAUGUAGAAGAAUCGGUAGCUUCGGCAGCCGAGGAGCUCUUGCCCUUGUGGCAUUGGUGUUCCGAUUAUCUGACAACGGGCAAGCUGGACGCCUGGCAAGAUCGGUAUCGGAUCAUUACCUUGUUCGAUGAAGUCGUUCUCAGAGAUCCGUCGGAAACCCGCUGGCUCGCUGAAGGAAUGACUGACGGGGAGCGGGAGACGCCCUCUCAGGUCAUGCUUCGGUCACUGGAGGAUUGCGAUAUUCGAGUUCGCUUCCGCCUCGCUACAUCGGUACCCCGCUUACUACAGCUGGACAUGCCGAUCGCAAGCAAGCCAAGCAGCUUCUACCUGAAAGUUGCGCGAUAUUUCAGGUUUCAAGGCAGAGACAAAGAAUUCAUUCUCUCGCGAGCAAUCCUUAUGACGAACGUUGUUAUUGCAAGUUCCGGGGCAAGGAGGGCACCGUUCUUCCAUCUUUACGACACCGUCGCAGGACAUCCCUCGCUGCACACCCAUAUCGAAACCGCCUUCUCGGCCAUCACAAGACUCUUACAACUCGCGUCCUUUUCACGUCUAUACCUGGAGUACGCGACCAGGUUACUCGCAGCACAAGGUAGAGAGGAUCAAGACCCCUUACAUAUUCCCGUUUCGCUAUACGGAUUUCAGUCUCGAGCGGUCUGGGCUCGAGAGACUAUUGGGACAGCAGGAGCCUCUUUGCUGCUUAGCCCAGAAUGCGAAGGAUUUUGGGAAAGCUUGGUCGAGCUUGCACAAGUCGACAAGGCUGAUACUCUUCACCAUAACGUUUCUACUGCGAUUGCCAUGGCAGCUGGGAUGAAAGCUUUAGCAGAUGCGGAUGGUCAGGCGUUCCGAGCGGAACUCGCGAGGCUAAAGGCGCGGUUCUCCAAGUCGACUUCCCGGCCCAAGAGCAAGUGGGUUUUCCAGAAGAGCGAAACCGCUAGCAUGGUAGCCACUCUGUUUCAGCUUGCAGACGAAUCCAUAUCACCCGCCGAGAUACACCAGUCGUUUUUGCAGGGUAGUACCGAGGAGACCGUUCGACAGGCCGCAAUAUACAAGGCCUUGCUCUUCCCGAACGAUUACGAUCCGUCUAUGGACUUGGAAGAGACGAUCACGCCUAAGAACAGUGCCCAGGAAGUUCUGCGUGGGAUACAGCUACUCGCCAAUGAAUUCGACCUGGAUCUCCGCUUGAUCGCCUGCAAUACUAUCAUGCAAAUCAUGUGCAAGAUUUCGGCUUCUUGCUUGCUCAAUGAACGGCGCAGGCUCGUUUACAGUUUGGCACUGUUGAUCGCAACUUACCCGGACACCAUCAUGGAACCGGAAAUAUUCGAUCUCUUGUUGCGCGCUGUAGCCUGCCUGUACGAGCAACCAGAUUUGGGCCGCCUUGUGGUCAGUUUCUUGGCCUGGAUCUUGGAACAACUAUUGGAUGGAUCAGCUCGUUGCAAGGCGCCUGUUCCCGUGCUUUCCGGGUUAGCUCAAUCAGCCAAACGGUACACAGAAGGACCGAAAGGAUUGACUUCAACCGGGCACGACGCGCUCUCUUUGAUGGAAACGUUCAUGAAUCGUCUGCUGCGGGAAGAUGCCGGCACCUCAGAUCCGUGGAAGUCCAAACUUGGUCAGCAAAUCGCUCGGCUAUUACCUCUCUGGCCUCGCACCCUGCCAGAAGGGCUAGAGAGAAAAGUUUCCCGCUUGACUUACGGGCAAUUACGUGACCAAGCGUCUCAUACGGAUGUUACCGCAGGAAAGUUCACCUUGUCGAAACAGCUGGCUAGAUUUGCUCAAGCACGUCUGCCCGCUUCUGCAUAUCGCAAAAGCACGUUUUGGCAUUUAAGAUCGAGUAUAGCCAGCGCUCCCGAACUAUCACACGAGGAUAUGGAGGCCUUCAUGCUGCUGGCAUACACCUGUGACGGUCUGGCGGAGAUACCAACUCACGAGACCAUCGAGAAGCUCAAAGGGUCUGCCGGAGUAGAGAUUGGUCUUCUGCAGCCUUUGAGUCGGAAAUCUGAGCCGACUGCCGCCUCGAAGCGUCGUAUACUGUCUCUACUUUUGGACGAUAUGAGAGGAACAUCCUUGACAAGGGUCUCGCCGGCAUACCGAGCCCUCGCCGGUAUAUGCGCCACUGCACCCGAAAUUCACCAGUCGGCGGAAUUGGAUCCUGUGUCACAAGGGCAACUCACAUUACUGGCCUCUAACGUACCCUCACCGCGACGAGAUGCACUCAAGAUGGACGAUUUGACAGACGCAACGCUGGACCGAGGUCCUUAUGCCGAAUCCCACAAGGAUGCUAAGGGCUGGUCAAGUGAUUUUGGCCGACUGAUCGUCCAGGAGCUGGCGUCGGCACCUGCUUACGCAGCACUCAGCUAUUUGCUGGACAUAAUGACCAUGUCCGACGAACUGAUAGAUGAUCUGAUACCGCCCUUGCUUCACCUUCUCUUGGAUUUGGAAAUGAGAACGACCCCACAACAAGCUCCCAAUCGGCAAAUUAUUUCUGGUUAUUUUAACUGGCUGCUCGCUCGGAAAGAAACCGCUCGUAGUUGCAGCUUGAACAUCGUUCAUUCGGUACUAUAUCUUCGAAACUUUUCCCCAGCUCGAUCCACGGCUGGCAGUCGGCCCCUUGCAUGGCUAGAGCUAGAUCUGCGAGCUGUGUCGGUAGCCGCUCUUCGAUGCAAGUUGCCAGAAACAGCGUUGCUAUUCUGGGAGCUGCAUCGCGAUGGAGCUUCAGACAACUCGGAGCUGGAAGAGGACGAUUUGUCGUUGCUAUACGAGAUUUACGAUAGUGUUGAGGAACCGGACGGUUUCUACGGAGUCCCGUUGGCUGGGGACGCACGUAGUGCAGUCUUGAAGAGGCUUCAUCACGAGGAAGAUUGGACUCAAGCAUUCAGCUAUCACGGUGCUUCCUUCGAAAUCUCCGAUGCACGCAACGGUGCUCUACCGCUUGUGGCCAGAUCACUGAGAGCAUUCGGCUUCGAUACUCUCGCUGGCACUUUACUCCGAGAAGUCGCCAAUGACGGCGGACAUAUGCCAUUGGAUCUAGCUUGGAGAACACGUCAAUGGGACGUUCCGGUGGAGGCCCUCGUUAAUUCCGCUGCAGAGAGACCGGGCGCGAGCGUGUACAGAACGUUGCGAUCGGUACACCAUGCACGUGAUACCAGUCAAGCUUGGUCAGUGGCAAGAACGGCCCUGAGCGAAGCCUUCAAUACCUUCGGCAGCAUCGGACUCGAAGAUAUGGCGGGAAUCAGACAGGGACUUAAGACACUUCUUUGCUUGCGUGAGGUCGAUCUAUGGUUUGCGGACCUCUUACCCCUCGUACACCUCGAAGACUUUGCGCAUGACAAGUGGCGAGCUUUUAGAACGCUGCCGGCAAACAUGGAAUAUCCCAUGGCCGAUGAUAUCCUCAACGUUCGUCUAAGUCUCUUGCAUGCAGCGAAAGCAUCGGAAGGCCCACAGAUUGGCGACCUUCUGUCAAUAAGAACGGCGGGGCUCGUCUCGGUGGAACGAGACUGUCUGACGGCACUUGGGGCUCUGGCUCGAGCUAAAGGAGAUCUCUCAGGGGCAGUAACUGCGCUGACCAGAGUUCAGAAUCUGACGCAAGCUGACGCGAAUGACCACUCGACCGAGUUUGCCGAGGUCUUGUGGCUGCAAGGCCAGCAUGGCCUGGCCCUGGAACAGCUCAAAAGGCUUCUUCGCACGAAAAACUACGCACGACCCUCAAAACCCCAGGAGUUCUGGCUUAGAGCGAACGUCCUGUCUCUGCUGGGACAAUGGACGGCUGAAGCCAAGCAAGCGACCGAGAUCGAUAUUCGGGAAGACUACUUCAAGCCGUCACAGACCGCCAUAUACCAUGCAGAAAAGGGAAUAAGCGCUCAGCAGAUGGCCGGAGUCUUGUUGCGCUACGCACAAUUCGCGGAUCAACAAUUUCAAGCAAUGUCCCAAUCGGAACAGAUUAAACAGCUGAAACCUCACCACGCUCGUCAAAUGGCUGAAUACGAGGCUCUUUGUCAUCAUAGGACGAAGGCCGCAAGAGAUGACCCUGUUGUGUACGAAGCCCUUCGAUCACUCAAGCAGGAAUGCCAAAGAGACAAGGAGCGCCUGAACAAGCACGAGCUAGAUCGGCUCGAGUUUCUGCGGGUCGCACUCCUCACGUAUGCCAAAGUCAUCGCCACAACGGAUUCGCACGACAAUCUCGUGCUUAGGUUUUGUGCCAUCUGGCUAGCUACCGAAUCGGACGCCGAUACCAACGUUUAUAUCCGGAAAGCAUUGAAGGAUAUUCCCUCCCACAAGUUUGUUGAUCUGGCUUACCAGCUGACAGCUAGGCUUCACCCGAACGAAGAGGGUGCAAGCCACUUCCACUUGAAUCUAUACGACUUGGUCACGCGUAUCUGCGCAGAACACCCCUUUCACAUGGCGUAUCAGGUCAUCACACUAGCCGCGCCUGCGGUAAGAUCGUCCAGGCGGAUGUCAACCAACGUUGGGGACCGCGAACGCGCCGCAUUCACGCUCUUAGCGCAAGUGAGGACAUCAACUUCGAGGUCCGUAGAGAUAGAUCAGCUCGAGCGAUUUGCGAAAUGUGCCAUCGCGUGGGCGAGAGAAGAUAACGGCAAACGAGGCAAAGACGGUUAUUACCUUCCAACUAAAGACUCGGUGAUCCUUUCGCUCCGUGACAUGGUGAUACCCGUACCGACCGCGAACGUGCCUACCGAUCCAACGAUGGCGUACAAGAACAUCGCUAGGCUACGCGCUUACGAGCCAAGAUUCUCGGUAGCAGGAGGCAUACAUCAUCCGAAGAUCAUGACUUGCUGGGGAUCGGACGGAAGAGAGUACCGGGAACUGUUCAAAGCUGGAGACGAUACGCGACAAGACACCAUCAUGGAACAGCUCUUCAAACUUGUCAAUAAUCUCCUCGACACUGACUCUGAGACGAGAAGGCGAAAGUUACAUAUGAGGACUUAUAACGUUUUGACGCUGGCUGAAGAGACCGGUGUGAUUCAAUUCGUGACCCAAACGAUGCCGCUCGCCGAGUAUCUGAUGAGUGCUCAUGAUCGGUAUCACCCAGAUGACAUGAAGGUCAAAGAAUUUCGGGAAUCUAUGCGGUUGAUACAGUCAGGAGAUGACCCGAAUCGCAAUCAGAAAUUAGUGGAGACCUUCAAAGAGAAUCGCAAGCGCUUUCGACCGGUCAUGCGUAACCUCUUCAUCGAGAAGAAGAAGGAGCCUCUGAGCUGGUUCGCUAUGAGAUUGGCGUACAGCCGGAGCUUGGCGGUUUCUAACAUCGUCGGCUACAUCGUCGGUAUUGGAGACCGACACUGUUCCAACAUCCUUAUCGAUCACUCCAGUGGUGAGAUGGUUCAUAUUGACUUUGGGGUAGCGUUCGGUCAGGGACGGGCUUUGCCAAUUCCAGAACUGGUGCCAUUCCGUCUCACAGCCGACUUGGUCGAUGCGCUUGGCUCUUUCGGUACCCAGGGUGUAUACCAACGGUGCUCAGAGAAUACGCUUCGCGUGAUGCGCAAUACAUCCGAGCACAUUCUGGCCAUUUUGGAAGUCUUCAAGCACGAUCCCCUACAUAGAUGGAAAAUCACGGCAGAAACCAUGAAAAAGGUACAGGACGGACUUCCUGUACAACGCAAAUCCUCGAAAUCCGCAUCGGAGAUAGGUGAUCGUGCCAGCGGUCAUGCUGACCAAGCACUCGCCGACGUGAUCAACAAAUUGGAUCAAAGGAUGAGCGUCGAGUAUACGGUAAAUGAAUGGAACAGGAACGCACAGGCGCCGGCUAAUUUAGCAGUUAUAUUCGUCGGUUGGCAGCCUUGGCUGUGAGGUCGGCGUGUCCACCACCAGACUCCCUAACGAGAUUUUCACGAAUCUUACGCCCUUUUAUAACGAUUACGAGACACUCACAUGGUCGAGAUUAUCACAAGAUGAG